CGGCACCGGAAGAGGCUCGGGCUGAGAGGGGGGGGGAGACAGGAGCGCCGCUUCCGGAAGGGAGCCAGUCCUCCUUGGGCGGGCCUGGCGGAGGAAAGGCCUCGCUGGGACAGCUCCUCUCCUCUCUCCCGGAUCUCCGCCCGUUCACUCCUCCCGUCGUCCUGCCCCUCUCCUUCCUGGGCCCCACCAGUUCACCCAGUCCUCCCACUUUGAAUAUCAUCUGAGAGAAGAGGUGGACACAUCUUCAUCCAGUUUGAAGCAGCUUAGAAGCACAGAACAAAGAUGGAAGGGCAACAGCCAGCUGCCACCCAGUUGGAAGUAUUUCCUUCUGCUGUUGAGGCAGAGAACUAUAGAGCAUUCUGGGAGGACUCUUGGAGGGAAGACCGGGAGAGCAGUUCACUCCAUCCAGACCUUCAGUGGCAGCGCUUCCGACACUUCCGCUAUGAGGAGGCCUUGGGGCCCCGGGAGGUUUGCAGCCGCCUCCACUCUCUCUGCCACCUGUGGCUGAAGCCAGAGCGACACUCCAAGGCGGAGAUGCUGGACCUGGUGCUCCUGGAGCAGUUUCUGGCUGUCCUUCCUGUGGAGAUGGAGUGUUGGGUGAGGGAAUGUGGGGCAGAGACCAGUUCCCAGGCUGUGGCUGUGGCUGAAGGUUUCCUCCUGAGUCGGGAAGAGGAGAGGAAGCGGGAGAAGCUACAGGUGAGAGACAGAGAUUCAUCUUGUUGGUUCAAGGAACCAAGAAUAAUUGUUUUGAAGGAUUCUGUUUUGGAAAUCUAACUUUAAGAAUAAUUCAAAGAAGUUGGAACAAGU